GAUUUGUUUCCUCGCCCAGAGAUGGCUUCCGGAAAGAAGAGCGCCUUUGUGUGUGUCUCUUGCACAUCGCCUGCUGAGGCACUUGUCAAGAAAACCGAUGGGAAUUUUAUCAAACUUCUGGAAUGUCCAUCUUGUGGGGCAUUGGUAGACAGAUAUGUCGAAUGUGAGAGGAGCAUCAUAUUUAUGGACAUGAUACUACAAGAUAUUACAGUUUAUAGACAUAUCCUCUACAAUGCAGACAAUUUUGCUUCUCAGUUCUACAUAAAGCUGGCAGUGUCCCUAAUGCUGAGUGAAGGAUAUGUUCGCUGGAGUAACCUCGCCCAGAAUCUUGCUACUGGAAAUGGAAUUAUGAAUAAUGAGGUUUAUAUGUAUAUCAUGUGCUUCAUGGCAUUUGUGGAACUUGGGAUGUUUGGCAUGGUAAUUUUGGGAUACUCCUAUGUUAAGCAUUCUCACAAGAAGAAGCUACCAGUCUUCAAUGCUGUUCUCCUUGGUCAGUGUGGACGACUAGCAAACUUAGCAGCCAUUAUCUGGUACCCAGGGUUCAGCACAACAUUUCAAGUGUUAAUGCUUGUUUUUGUGUUUGUAUCAUCUGUGCAAAGCACUAGAGCUGCAUUACAUUUAGGGAAAACAGAAAGUUUGCUACUACUGACUGUGGCAUUUUCUAGUAGUAUGUUUUCAUGUCAUAAAUUACAGCCAAUUUUGCUUGACAGCUACCAUUCUUAUGUCCAUAGCCAUGUGUUCACUAAACAACCUUUUGUACUAUGAAAGCUUAGUUAAUAAACAAUAUUAUACAAUUCUUGCAUUGAGGAAAGAUAACAUGUAUUUGUUAAUUUAUAUUUUAUUUAUUAAGAAUUUCCUGCUUUGGCAACAUUCAGGGUCAUUAUCAGCCCCAAGUAUAGCAUUAUGAUAAAGUAUUGUGGCAAAAAUUAUUAUUUAUUGGAAAUUUUCUGCUGCUUCAACAUCUGGGGUCAUUAGUGGUAUAUUCAAAAUAGUGAUAUGGUAAAGCCUUAAGUAAGGAUGUUUAAUUUUUUAAUAAGGUGAUAUUUGUGGAUUCCGAGAAUAGUUAAUGGUUAAAACAAAUAAAUUUGCUAGACAAAGGUCAUAUGACAAAAGGGCAAAAACGAGUCAACAACCUGGAGAAGUGGACAGAAGAAGGGAAUGAAGAAGAUAAGGAAAAGGAAAGCAGUUGAGGUAAUAACUGAGGUCCAAUGUAGGGGAUCACCCUACAUUGGCCCUCAAUCCCCAUCUCCUAAAUACCUCCACAACAACAAGCAGGGGAUUGGGGGGAUGUGGCAGUAUCAUUAAAAAUGAGUUAAUGAUUAGGAUAAGUGGACAGAAGAAGGGAAUAAAGAAGAGAAGGAAAAGAAAAGGAGUCGAGGCAAGGGCUGAGGUCCAAGGCAGAGGUGAUCCCCUACACUGGGCCUCAGUCUCCAUCUCCUAAUUUAUUUCUAUCUAUUGAAAAUUCUCUGAUGCGUCAACAGCUAAGGUCAUUAGUGGCGUAUUCAAAAUAUAGUGAUAGCGUGAGGCUUGGGGCAAAGCCGUAGGUAAGAAAGUGCUUUGACAUCAAAGAUUAUAUCGCACCGUGGUAAAGUAGACUAGUGAAAAGGGUUAGGAAAGAGUUAGGGUAAAUUAGGGUAAAGUUACAGGUUGAACAGGCCCAAUGUAGGGACCACCACUACUUUGAACCGCAGCCCUCGGCUCAAUAAAUUUUGCAGGGUCUUUUCUUCCUCUUUCCUUUUCCUUCUCUUCCUCAUCCCUUUCUGUCCACUUGUCCAAAUCAUUGAUUCAUAUUUACCUUUUUCGCCACAAUACGUUACCAUAAUGCUGUGUGACCUUUGACUUCUGGUACUUUUGUUUGUUUUGACUGUUGACCAUUCUGGAAAUCCACAAACCCUGUAUUCUGUAUAUGCUGCUAAUGACCUUAAUGUUGAUGUGGAAGAAUAUUUUCAACAAAUAGAUAAAUAAAACCUAAAGAUAUUUUUGUACUUCAGUCAGAAUAAAGAGGAAAAAUAUG